GAUCCAGAGCACCACCAUCUAAAACCACAAGCAGGCAGAGCUGACCACCAACUGCACCCGUACUCACAAAGCAAGCUGAAGGAUUCUGGUCUCCGAAAGAAAUUAACAAGCAAGAAAACAUGGCAACCUCAAUCAUGCUUCGUACUGUCCUGCCUGUUGUGUUCUUCGCCGUCUUGCUAAGUGGAACCAAUGGCGAGCGAUGCAACACGUCGAGCAUCCAGGUGGAGACCUUCAACUCAGGCGUCGUCGUAUCCGGUGGGGACACGGUGUUCCAGGUGGAGCUCAAGAACCUGUGCCCGUGCGCCGUCAGGAAUGUCCAGCUCGACGCCCGGGGCUUCGCCACGUCAGUGGACGUUGAUCCUGCUGCGUUCCGUGCUGACGAUGGAGGCGUCUACUACCUGGUGAACGGCGGCGAGGCAAUCCCAAGCAUGGCCACCGUCAGCUUCCAGUACGCCUGGGACCACUUCUUCCAGAUGACUCCCAGGAACAUGGAGGUAGACGGGCCGUGCUAAAAGCUACUAGCAAUUUUCCUGCUCAUAAGCUGUGUUAUCUUUGAUAUAGUGUUAUUAUAAUGUCGCGUGUUCGCUAGUGUAUAUUUUAGAGAGAGAGAGAGAGAAAGAGAGAGAGAGAGAGAGAGAGAGAGAUGCUAACAAUAAUCAGUCCUGCUAAAUAAAGCUUGAGGAAUCGAGUGAUCGGCUCCUCAAGAAUUGUACUGUAUAUGUCCAAGAAGGUUGCAACCUAAUGAUCGACGAGUUUUGAACA